AUGGAUUCUUCAGGACCGGUGACAACGCCUGGGGCUUUUGAAGUUCGGCAUUCCUGCCUGAGUGUGCUCGUGGUGCUGGCGAGGCCGCCAAAGGAGGACGAUGCGCGCGAGGUCGAGGCUUCUACUGGCAGGCCACGCGCAGAUACGACCACUGCUCCGGACCCUGCGCUGGCGGCGAUUUACAGAAUUCUAGGCCGCACUUCUGUGGACAUCAUCAAGAGUGGUGGUUACAAGAUUUCGGGCCUGGAAAUUGAAAGCGUAUUGCUGCAGCACGACAAGAUUCGAGAAUGCGCAGUUGUAGGAAAGCCUGACGAGACAUGGGGCGAGAAGGUGACUGCAGUCUGCGUGCUGCAGAGCGGUGCCGUGCUGACCAUAAAGGAGCUUAGGGAAUGGGGCAAAGAGCGAAUGGCAUCCUACAAGGUACCUCAAGAGCUGGAGAUUGUGACCGAGCUGCCAGGGCCCCAGAUGGGCGUCGGCUCCAUGCUGUUCGGGAAGAUCGGAGCGAAUGGCACUGACAGCACUGACAGGCAGAUGGAGACGAGAGAUUGUUUGUACUGCCCACACGUGGCAUUGAUAUGCAUUGAUUAUUGGUGCUCGUCCGCAAAACGGCAGCCUCAGCUUCAAGGUGUUUCAAGGCAUCCCCGGAUUCUCGUGGUAACAAUGACGAUGUCCAUGCCGAACAUUGGUUGGAACAACCAGGUGGACUCUGCGAAGGCACGAGGGGGCCAUGUUUCAGUCGACCACCUGCAUGGAGAGUUCAUGAAGGUUCUGGAUACGGUCGAGGAGAUCAAAAUGGAGAAAGUAGAAGCAGCGGAGGAGGCCAAACGCUAUGCGCGGGAACGUCGCCUUCGCGAAGAGGAGCUGAGGCUGCAGGCUGAGCAGGGCGCACGAGAUUCACCUGAGAAGCAGGCGCUCCUGGGCUUGCCAGAGGUUGCUCCAGGCGAUGGGGCCGCCAAGGUGAGGCCACGCAAGAAGAAGGGACAGAAGAAGGAAGAUGUUUUCCAGGACUUCGGGAAGGAGCAUGACGAUGCCCCAAUCCAGGAAAUAAAAAAGAACGGCUUGGUCUUCUAUCAUCUGAACUACAAGCGCUACUGGCAGUCAGAUCGGGAUUUGGAGAGAUGGGCUAAGUCGCUUGGACACAACAUCCGGCACGAGAAACUGCUCUUUGAGGUGCGAAACCGCUGGGCUGAAGAUCUUCUUGGCGAUCGGAUGGAGCUGAAGAUCCGACACAAUCCCCUUGUCAGGUCACGCACGCAGGAGAGACUCAGACCGACCACCGGUGUGUCGGUUGCCUUGCAGCUCAAGGAUGUUGCUCAUUGCUCAUGGCCACUCAUUGCUCUGUUGGGCCAUGUUCCUCAGAAUCUCCGAGACGGACCAGGGUCUUACUUUGAUGGCCUGUUAGCCAAAUGUGCAUGA